GAAAUGGUGAUAAUGAGAGGUGAUGGUAGUCAAGGUGCUAGGAAUCGGAGGCGGUGUCAGGACGCGGGAGUGUGGCUGGUGGUUGGUGGUUCACAAACACAUUAUUCACCUAAAUUAAUGGUCUUUCUGCUGUUCAAUUUAAUUUUAGAGUUUGCACAGAAGAAUUUAGUGAAAAAUGUCUGCCUCAGGUGCAAAGAAGCAGCCUACAAUAUCAAAAUUUUUUGCCUCUCUUAAAAAAGGAGGAACACAAAAGUUUGAUACGGAUGAAGAAAAGAAGCAAAAUCAUGCCAGCAAAAUUGCUGAGGUUAGCAUUUCUCCAGCUAUAAAGCGAACAAAGACCAAUGGUUCUGUUAGUAAAUUUUCUAAAAAAGCCAGAACUGAAGAGUGCGAGACCAAGAAUUCCAGCUCGUCAGAGCUCAAUGGUGAUGAAAGUAGUACCAAGAAAAGAUCCCUCACAUCCUGGACUAAAAACAGGCUUCAAUCCUUCUCAGCUGAUACAGUUGAAGAAAUGGAAGUAAUGCAGGAACCACAAUUAACAAAACCAACUAAGAAAGUUAACCAGAAGACGAUAAAAAACAAGCUGGAUGAUUUUAGGUCACAAAAUGACAGCAACAGCACAACCACCAGCACCAAUAACAACGAACACACAGAACCUGCGGUACUUAAGCCAGGACCUAUGAAAGCCUUACCAGGAAUGAAACUCACUCCUCUCGAGCAACAAGUUGUUUCCAUAAAGAAUGAGCAACCGGAUGUUGUUCUCUUUGUGGAAUGUGGGUACAAAUACAGGUUUUUUGGAAAUGAUGCAGAAAUUGCUGCCAAGGAGCUGAAUAUUGUUGCACAUCUGGAUCAUAGCUUCAUGACAGCGAGUAUUCCCACUCACCGCCUUCAUGUACACGUACGAAGACUAGUUGCAAAGGGUUAUAAAGUGGGGGUUGUGAAGCAAACAGAAACUGCUGCCCUAAAGGCAGCUGGAAGCAAUAAAACUGCACCAUUUGGUCGUGAACUUGCAGCAUUAUAUACACGUUCUACACUAAUUGGUGAAGAUGUAACGCCUGCAGGUGGCGGGGAAGCUGUUGGUGACGGGGAUCUCGCAGAAGGAGCCACAGCCAUGCUGUUGGUAGUUCAUGAAGGCAAAAGUACCUCUGGAAAGGAUGGCACAGUGGGCAUUUCAAUUAUUGCUAUCCAGCCAAGUACUGGAGACAUUAUAUAUGACACUUUCGAUGACUCGUCUGCUAGAACUGAAUUUUGGUGUCGUUUAGACCACAUUCAGCCUGUUGAAGCUUUGGUAUCUACAAACGUAUCCGAUAUCACAGUUCAAGCUAUAACAGCAGCUACCACAAGAAAUGAAGAUUGUAUUAGAAUCGAGAGAUUGGACGAGGCAAAGUUUGAUUAUUCAGACUCUUUAAAACGUGUAUGUGAGUUGUUUGUGGAUGAGGAGGAGAGGAUGAAGCACGUGUCGGGACUACCGCCAGAUGUAGUUAGCUGCCUCGGUGCUGCGCUUCAAUAUCUUGCCGAGUUCAAACUGGAUCGUAUAAUAAAAAUGGCUGGAUCCAUUUGUAAAUAUAGCUCGAGCAGCCACUACAUGAGACUCUCAGGCGCCACCUUGCGUAACCUGGAGGUGUUGACCAAUGCUGUGGAUGGUGGGAUAAAGGGUAGCUUGCUGUGGGCCCUUGAUAAAACACACACCAAAUUUGGUUCCAGACUCCUUCGUCGAUGGAUAGUCCAGCCAUUAUUAGACGUGGAUCAAAUUACCGAACGCCAAGAUAUGGUUGAAGAACUAAUGAGCUCAGAAGCUCCAAUAAUAAAUAAGCUGAAGAGUGUACUGAAUAGACUGCCAGAUUUUGAGAGAGCCCUGACAACCAUUUUUCAUAAAAAGUGUAGUCCUCAUGAAUUUUGGCUGGCUGUAGAAGGAUUACAUCAAGUUCAUGCCGGACUUUCAAGAGUCAGUGGCAAUAUGGAAGACACUGUUAACACACCUGGACUUGUUCACCUACUGCAUGAAGUUCUCGACGGCCUCUCCAAUGUUGAGGCAUUUGCAGACAACAUUAAUGAAGCCAGUGCUAGGGAGGGGAAGAAAACAAGUUUUCUCAAAGAUUUCUCAGCGUUUCCUAAAGUCAUUAAGAGGCAACAGGAAAUAGCAGAUGUGGAAGAAGAGUUAAGAGAUCUCAAGCCAGAAAUUGCAAAGAUUCUAAGAAUUCCAAGCUUCAACUACACAACAGUAUCAGGUCUCGAAUUCCUAAUCGAAGUAAAAAACUCCCAGUUGAAAGCUGUUCCAAAGAACUGGGCAAAAAUUAGCUCAACCAAGGCUUGCUGCAGGUUCAGGUCGCCUGAGAUUGAAAAGCGUUUCACUAAAUUACAGCAGCUGCGAGAACAGUUACAAGCUGAUUGUCAUGAGGCCUGGCUUGAAGUCUUGGAUUCGUUUUCUAGUCACUACCAGCUCCAUCGUCAAGCUGUCAGAAGUCUUGCUACCCUCGAUGCUUUGACUUCAUUAGCAAACGUCGCAAAAGCUCAGGGAUAUUGUCGGCCAAAACUGUAUGCCCGGGAGAGUGGUAAAGGCAUGCUGAAGAUUACUGAAGGAAGACAUCCCAUUGUUUCUCAGUUAAAGCUGGGAGAUGACCAGUAUGUUGCCAAUGAUACUAAUUUAAAGGUUGAUGGUCAGCGUGUGAUGCUUGUGACUGGACCAAAUAUGGGUGGAAAGUCGUGCUAUAUGCGUCAAGUAGCACUAAUAGCUCUUAUGUCCCAGACUGGGAGCUACGUACCUGCUGAAUCUGUAGAAAUGUCAAUUUUGGAUGCAAUAUAUACCAGAAUGGGCGCAGCAGACGAGAUAUACACUGGACGGAGUACAUUCAUGGUAGAAGUUGGGGAAACUGCUGACAUCAUGCACGAAGCAACAACGAAUUCCCUUGUAAUUUUGGAUGAAUUGGGUCGAGGCACAUCUACGCAUGAUGGCGUAGCUGUUGCCAUGGCAGCACUUGAUUUUUUCCUAAAUCAGGUGAAGUGUCUCACCAUAUUUGUGACCCACUAUCUGCCUCUCACCGAGUUUGAGUUACUGUAUCCAGAGUGUGUUGGCAACUUCCACAUGUCCUUCAUUGUUAACGAGGAAGAUGACGGUGAUGAUGAUGGCAUUGAUGUUGUAACCUUCUUAUAUCAACUGACCUCUGGAAGUGCAGGUCAGAGUUACGGGUUAAAUGUAGCACGUCUUGCCCAAGUACCACAUCCCAUACUCGUGAAAGCAUCUGAAAAGUCCAAAGAUCUGGAAAAGAUCUGCAAAAUGAGAAGAAAGGGAAAAGACAUGUUCCAGAGGCUUUUCCAGCCUACUGAAAGCACCAAAGAACUGCUACAAAUGCUUAAAGAUUUUAAAUAAAUUAAACAAAAGUGAGUGAAAGAAAAGAAAGAACAUGGGAUUGUUAAUGCAACACCCGUUAGGCUGAGAUGUGAAUUCAGUUGUGAGUUCGUGGAAAUGUUGACCUAUAUGUGACUCCUGCUAUGUUGAAUACUGUACUGUAAUUUUAACUAUGUCGUAAAUUUUAUAAAAUUUGUAUAGUGUUAUGAAGGCAGGUAUUUUAGAAAGUUAGAAAACUCAUGCAUUAACAUCAUGUAAAAUUAUUGAAUUCAAUAUAAUUAAGGAUUUUAAUUAUAUAAGUGAUUACUA